AAACCCCCUUACUACUAAACCCACAAAACGACAUCAAACCCCGAUAUAGGCGUUUUUUGGACGAGGAAAAGUUGGCACUUGUGAAAAACGACUCGGUGGCACUGGCACUCACCUCCUCUCUCUCGGCUCUUCUCCGUUUUUUCCUUUGAUCUGGGACAAUAAAUGGGGGAUGCUCCAGGCCAUGAUUUGAUAAGUGAUUUGCCUGAAAGCAUUAUAGAGAGUAUUCUAACCCGUUUGCCAAUAAGAGAUGCUGUAAGAACUAGCAUUUUAUCAAGUAAAUGGAGGUACAAAUGGGCUUCGAUCACUCAACUUGUAUUUGAUGAUAAAUGUGUUACCCUACGUAGUGACCGAGCUCUUGUUGAGAAAAGUCUCAUAGACUUUAUAACUAAAGCUCUCUUUCUUCACAAAGGACCAAUUCACAAGUUCCAGCUUUCUACUUUCUACUUGCAGAACUGCUCAGAUAUAGAUCAAUGGUUACUUUUUCUUUCAAGGAAUGACAUUAAGGAAUUGGUUCUGGAAUUAGAAGAAGAGGAAGGAGAAGGCGAGUUGUUUAGAGUACCGGCUAGUCUAUUUCAUUGUAAAAAAUUGACCCGUUUGGACCUAUUUCGUUGUGAGUUAGAUCCACCUCUUACUUUCAAGGGAUUCUCGUAUUUGAACAGUCUCACCCUUCAUCAAGUGCUGGUUGCCCCUGAUGUAAUUGAGAGUCUAAUUUCUGGCUGCCCUCUACUUGAAAAUCUGGCUAUAUCUUACUUUGAUAGCUUAGCUUUAAACAUUAAAGCUCCAAAUCUCAAGUUUUUGUUCCUUGAGGGUGAAUUUAAGGACAUAAAACUUGAGAAUACUCCACUUUUGGUUGCUAUGUCUGUUGCUAUGUAUAUGACUGAGGACAAUGCUGAGCAUUUCGAACAAAGUUCAAGUUGCAAUUUCGUCAAGUUUCUUGGUGGAGUACCUUGUCUUGAGAGGCUUAUCGGGCAUGUAUACUUUACCAAGUAUUUGAGUAUAGGUUAUGACCUGGGAAAACUUUUAGUUACCUAUAAGCAUUUGAAGGUUGUUGAAUUAAAUCAAGUGUGUUUCGAAGAUAGGAAAGAGAUAUAUGUGGUUCUUCGCUUGAUUACGAGCUCUCCUAAUUUAACAGAGCUUCAAAUCUCAGGGCCCUCAAAUGCCGUGGAUUUCGUGAUUGCACUUGAUGUGUCUGAUUUGAAAUUUUGGGAGAAAGAAAGCCUUUCAAAGUACACAUUCGAAAAGCUCAAACUUGUGAAGAUGACAUAUAUGUCUGGUGUGCCACAUGAAAUGGAAUUCAUCAAGUUUUUGCUCAGCAGAUCCCCUGUGCUAGAGACAAUGAGUGUUGCCCCUUGUUCGUUGUGUGCUAUUGUUAGACGAUUGCAUAUGCUGACUGAGUUGGUGAGAUUUCGACGGGCGUCUCCUCAAGCUGAAAUUGUAUUCAUCCAGGAUUAAGUAUUGUGUAUGACAUUUUCAUUAUCUUCCAUUCAUCUAUUUCACAAGCUUGGCAGAGUUGGUGUCCCCGGUUGCAUUUAUCUUAUAUAUAAAUGAAUAUCUAGUAACUGACAGGAAAUGCUCCUAUUGCUUUCACAAAAUGUUAAAAUAAAUAUCCACCAAGUGAUUGGCUGCCUUGCUAAUAAGAAGUUGAAUUUCAUAUUCUUCCCUUGA